ACACACUCACACUCGCACACGCGGAGCCAUGCCCAAGAGAAAGGCUGAAGGAGACACCAAGGGCGAUAAGGCCAAAGUUAAGGAUGAGCCCCAGCGGAGAUCAGCGAGGUUAUCUGCUAAGCCCGCUCCUCCCAAGCCAGAGCCCAAACCUAAAAAAGCAGCUCCAAAGAAGAGCGAGAAGGUGCCCAAGGGGAAGAAAGGAAAAGCUGAUGCUGGCAAGGAGGGAAACAACCCUGCAGAAAAUGGAGAUGCCAAAACAGACCAGGCACAGAAAGCCGAAGGUGCUGGUGAAGCCAAGUAAAACAUGUGAAUUUUUGAUAACUGUGUACUUCUGGUGACUGUACAGUUUGAAAUACUAUUUUUUAUCAAGUUUUAUAACAAUGCAGAAUUUUGGUUUACUUUUUUUUAAGCUAUGUUGUUAGCACACAGACCGCUUCAUUGUUGUGUUCUGGGGGGGUGGGGGGCAAUGGGGACAAAUGUCAUUUAGUCUAUUUCUCAAAACCUGAAUUUUAAUAAGAAAAGCUUCUGCCAGUCCCCCAGUUUUUGGAAGAAGGGCCCUUCCUGCAGGGAGGAAGAAGGGAUUCCCCCGUGCUGCGUGUCGUUGUGUCCAGGUGAGCGUCAGAGCUGCCUCGAU